AUGCCAGGACCUCCCCGCCACUUGCUGCUGCUUAUUCUCUUUAUUAGUCCAAUAACUCUAGACACUGGUGGGGAAGCAUUGAGGGCUGUGAUGCGCUCCAGUUCUCUGCCUCUGAUUCGGACACUGCUUGAAUAUGGGCCACAGGAACCACAUAUGGCACUCCGACGUGGCCUCAACAUGCAGCACCUGCGUUUUAUGAUGGACCUCUACAGAAGAUCUGCAGGUAGUAAUGGGAGGCCAAUGCGUGGGAGGCAUGUAGGAGCGGCAGUGAGGUUGGUGAGGCCUGUCAACCAGGCAUCUUUUAUUAUGGGUGAGUAACUGAGUAUAGAUCUGCGUACACGUGUGCAUAUAUUAUGGGCGAUUUAGUUUUUAAGUUUGGGCAGCACAGAUUUGUAUAUUUAUUUUUAUUAUGGGAAAUUUAAAUUACAAUUUAAUUGCACCCAGAUCACUUCAUCUCAAUGAACUGGUUUGUGGUGCAGAGGACCUGUAGUUUUAACCCUUCAAUGUAAAACUUAGAGUUUUGUAGAAACUGCAAUGUUGUCUAGGUUCCAUAAUCACUACAUGCUGUUGUAAGGGGAGCAGCACACCAGUUGUUGCGUAAAAAGAUUUGAGUGGUUUGAUGAAAACCUGGGGUCCCUGAGGCACCUGUGGCUGGCCCCUGCUUGGCCUUUAACCCCUUAAGGACCAAACUUCUGGAAUAAAAGGGAAUCAUGACAUGUCACACAUGCCAUGUGUCCUUAAGGGGUUAAACUAUGUAUAGAUAAAACUUAAUAGCAAUAUCCAAGCAUGGGGUCAGACCACUGGUGCUUCUGAGACACUUGGUUUCGGUAAAAUUGCUCAAAAUGUUUAGUCAAGACCAGAGGAUGGCACAUAUAAUCGCACCAUAACUACUGUACUGGUUAUAGAGUUGCCCUUUGAUAAUAAAAUUAGUUUUUAGGCUGGAUAUUUUAAAGUGACACUUUAAUGUGCCUUGCAGAAAAUGGCUGCAUUGGUUUGUGUAAAAAAACAAAACCAAAAAAAAACCCAACUCUGCCAUUAGUAUAUCUAGCAGGGUUAAUCAUUAAUGACAAAAUUUGUAGGUAAUUCAAAGGAUAUUUUUAAAUUUAGACCAUAAGUACCCAAAUUAUAACAUUUCUUUAAUUCUGUGCUCAGCUUGGUUAUUUGGCUCUACAUCUGAGUAUUUCCAAGAAUUUCCAGUUAUUCUCACUUUGGUAAAUAACCCUAAAAAUCUCUAUUGGUUGAUGUAAACCCUUCCUGGUGCAGAAGUAGCAAUUUAGGAACUAAAAAAAAACAAAAAACUUCUUGAUGUAUUUUUGCAUUUUAAUGCUAUAUCUAAAUUUUGGGCAUAGGCCAAUAAAAGAUUGAGAAUUCUGAAAAAAGGAAUUGUUAUAAAUGACUUGUCAUCUUUUCAUCAUACAUGCAUUUAUUAUUAUUAUUAUUAUUAUUAUUAUUAUUAUUAUUAAUAAUAAUAAUAAUAAUAAUAAUAAUAAUAAUAUUUAUUUUAUUUAUACAGCGCCAGCAAAUUCCGUAGCGCCGUACAAUGGCAUAUAAAGGUUUCUUCACAUGAUGCUGUGUAGCUCAUGGACAUUGUUAUUAGCACUGAAUGCCAUAACAACUUAUGUAACUUAUGUACUAAUUUCUUCAGAGGAUCCUUGUGUGUUUUUUGUGAUCUGGACCAUGUUUUUCAUGACACUCAGCCAUAGAGCUGGGUUAGGUCAAGGGGAAAAUAGUCCAUGGAUCACAUGGGGAUCAGCCAUCACGUUAAGUGUUUCUCAUAGGGUCAUGAACACAUUAUUGUCUUGCUAUCACAAGAUACAGGCCUUCCAACCGUCGCAAUUAAAGCUAGACAGUCCCAAUUUUAGGUUCCUGUCCCAUCUUCCAGGGCUUACCUUGUGUUCCACUUUUGGGAACACUGCCCUCAAAAAGUAGCACAGUAGUAUCAUGAGAUGUACGAUGCCUCGGGCAGUAGAAACAUGCAGAAAGCACUGAAACCGUUUAUCUGCAUGGCCUGACCUCAUAGGCUAGAUGGUGUGAUUGGCAGGAAGCCUGACUUGCCAGUACUUGGGGUGGCACCACUGAUAUAAUUCACAUCUCAACUCAUAGGACGCCAAUGUUUGGGUGUAUGAAGGCAGAUAUUUUGCAUGGUCAGAAAGUACCAGUAAGACCAACUCCCUUCAUGCAGUGCCUGACUACAUACAGUCAAGCCUUAGAUAUAUUUCUUCCAGGUACUAUAUCCAUCUGAGGCAGACCUGUUUGUACACCAGGUAGAGUACCCUUCUUUCUGGUGUGCUUUCUAUGGAGCUCAACACUUUCACUUCUGCAGUGGAGCCUUAUGCAUUUCUAGGGAGGAUCAUUGAAGGCUAAUGCUCUGGAUUUCGGGCUCCUUAGCCCCAAAGAAGGUAAAACUUUAUUUUAAUUUUACAUACGGUAACUGUUUUCCAUGCAGCCCCUAUUACUACUUCGGGUGAGAAAGUGAAGGCCUCCCAGUUGACUGUCAGGUAGGGUGUCUGGGAACAGAACUUGCUUCACAUACCUCUGUUAGGUACGUGACAAGAUUGCAUUGAAUAACUGGCUAUGCUUUCAUUGAGAUCCUAGAGAGCCUUAGCUGUGUGCUGUUCAUGGGUAGAGCGGAGGGAACAUAGCCUAGAAAGGUUUGGAUAUGUCAUGACAAUUUCCCACAUCUGUUAGGGUCAAGAUCAUUGAUUUUUAUUUUGCUUUGGGCUCAUGCCCAAGGUGUAGCAUCCCUGAAUGGAAUAUAUACAUUGGCAAAAAAGUUUCAACCAAGUAGAUUAAAGGUGAGGGUGAGUUCAGAUCAGAAUCUCCAACUAGAAAGACCACUCCCAUCUGUGUUCUAUGUUUGUGAGACUCCAUAGUUCAUAGAACCUAUUAAGGUAUUAACCCAUCAUUAAACUAACCAGUGAAGAUAUUAGCGCCCAUCAUGUACUGGCCGUUUCAAUCACACAAACGUACCACUCAUUACACAAAUGCAGGCACAGUAAUGCUUUUCUUCACCCAUAGUUGAAGAUGUUAAAUUUGUUUGUUUGCUUGUUUGGUGUUUUUAGAGGGGGAGUGGUGGUGUUCACAUUUCCAGAACUAUAGCUCCACACCUCAUAUGGGGGGGGUGAGGGAGAAGACACACUUAUCACACAUGUGCUUCAGGUGUUUGGAAUGUUCAUUAACAGGUUACUCCAACCACCUUGACCAUUUUGUCUUUUUGAAGGCAGGAAUCCUGAUGUGAAGUGUUUAAUCCAGAGAUCUUUUUAAUUGUGUGCUGGUGGCUAGCUGUAUCCUCAGCAAAUGUGAAUUAGGCACCCCCACUGUGUUCUGUUCUACAUAAUGUAAAUUUUUUAAUUUGCAUAAAUUACACCUGUUGUCAGCAAACACUGGCAAUAGCCUUUAACAGCUUCUCCCCUCCCUCAGACCCUAAAUGACGCUCUCCCUUCUCCCAAUUCAUAUAUAUAUAUAUAUAUAUAUAUAUAUAUAUAUAUAUAUUUCUUUUUACCCGUCCUCCCUCCUCCUUCUUUUCCUCUCUCUUUCCUCUUCCCCUUGCCAGCUCAGAGUGCGUGCGUGCGCUUUAGCAGGUAAAAGGGUCCCAUCAAGGCUUCUCAGCCUUUGAUUGGACCUUGGUGCAGCCCUUGUGAUGUCAGACUGUUGUUAUUGUAAAGAUCAUGUGGCGGAGGUGAUUAGUGUUAUGGAGAGAAUAGUGUUGUAAGAGAUAUGAAUGAGAAGAGGUAAGUAGUCUGAGAAAUUAAAGGGAUUAUCCAGUCCCAAUAACAACUUAAUCUCAAUGAAGUUAAAGGGCCCGGAGUUCCUGGCUGCUUUCUUACCUUACAGUGUCAGCAUUCCUUAUAAUCCCUUUCCCACUUAGUGAGAAUACAUUAAAUCAUGUACUUUGCUACAGACAAAAUUAUAUUUGAGUAGGGAGUGUAUUAGUAGAAUGGGACAAUCUACUCUUUUAACACAUUUGUUUUUCUUAUCUUUCUUAAACAGUGAAAUAUAUCCUCUUAAAAGCUACACCAGAUUUUCUGGGUGGGAUUCGUCUCCCCCAUUCCCCCGGUUCCUAUAUCCAUGAGUAUAAGGUAGCCUUUGCUCUCGGCAUAUCACUGGUUGCCCAAGUCAUUGCUUCCCUAUUAGCUGAGCAGACGAGGGAAAGACAGAGGAAGUGACGUGACUGGUGCCUGGGGACAGAACGUCUGUGUUAAAUCAUUUGAAAAUGGCUUAACGCUGUAAGGUAAGAUGGCGCCCAGGGAAUCCAGAUCCCACAACAACUUCAUUAAGAUGAAGUUAUGAGGGCUGGAGGGUUCCUUUUAAUUUUAGAACAAGUUGAGUUAUUGUAAACCAGUUUACCUUCUGCAAAAGAGGAAGCAGACAUGAGUAGAACUUGGCAUGUUGUGGAGUGGGCGACAACCAAGUGGAAUUGUGGUUAGGAAGGAGUUUUUCAACUUUAUGAAUGGAAUUUACCAUAGUUUAUAAUUUUGGUAUUUUAAUUUGUGGCUAACAAAGAAUGAGUUUUUAGAUAUUGUAUUUUGGUGAUUAUAAUUUUUUUUUUUUCUUUUAUUUCUUUGUAGAUGGUCACUGGCAUAUACAGAAUGUAACGUUCAGUUUGCAAGAUGUGAUUAAAGCAGAGCGGUUGGUGAGGGCUACUGUAAUGCAUCCUCGUUCAACACAUCUGUCUAAUGCCUGCCUCUCAAGCAAAGUGGAUAUUCUCUCAAAUGCUGGUCCUUCACUGAGGACCAAAAUUUCCACUAGAAAUCCUAGGUUUGUUGAGACUGAUCUCACAACCUAUCUCCAGCCUCUGAUCGAAGACUCCAAGAAGACUUUUAAACUUGAACUGCAAAUAAUCUGCAGGAAAGUUAAAAUGCAACCCUCAAAUCUGAUGACUGUCUCUCAGUCUUACAUCCCAUUCUUGCUUCUCUAUCUCAACCACUCAUUACAAAGCGUAGCUGAGGAGAAAAAUAGAAGCAAGUCAAGCCUGCUUCUUAGGAAAACUCGUCAAGCAGGGAGUAUAGGCACCAAGCUUCCAAAAUUCUCCAGCCCAAAUUUAGUGUCAAAGAGCCGGUGUGUCUUACGCCCAUUCUGGGUCAGCUUCCACCAGUUGGGAUGGGACCACUGGAUCAUUGCUCCACACAGGUAUAAUCCUGGUUACUGCAAGGGGGACUGUCCUAGGAUUCUUCACUCAGGGUAUAAUUCUCCCAAUCAUGCCAUCAUCCAGAACUUUAUAAAUCAGGUUGUUGAUGGGAGUGUCCCGCGUCCAUCUUGUGUCCCAUAUUCCUAUGGCCCAAUUAGUGUACUCAUGAUUGAACCCGAAGGGAAGAUUCUGUACAAGGAGUAUGAAAAUAUGAUGGCGGAAUCUUGCACAUGUAGAUGA